AUGUCAGUGGCUGUGGAGACCUUUGGCUUCUUCAUGGCAGCCGUGGGGCUGCUGAUGCUUGGGGUGACCCUGUCAAACGGCUACUGGCGAGUGUCCACCGUGAACGGGAACGUCAUCACCACCAACACCAUCUUCGAGAACCUCUGGUUUAGCUGUGCUACUGACUCCAUGGGAGUCUACAACUGCUGGGAGUUCCCAUCCAUGCUGGCCCUCUCUGGGUAUAUUCAGGCCUGCCGGGCACUCAUGAUCACCGCCAUCCUCCUGGGCUCCCUGGGCCUCUUUCUAAGCAUGCUGGGGCUGCGCUGCACGAAUAUUGGGGGCUUGAUGCUCUCCAGGAAAGCCAAGCUGGCGGCCACCGCAGGGGCUCAACACAUACUGGCAGGUCUCUGCGGGAUGGUGGCCAUCUCCUGGUACGCCUUCAACAUCACCCGGGACUUCUUCGACCCCUUGUAUCCCGGAACCAAGUACGAGCUGGGCCCCGCCCUCUACCUGGGCUGGAGCGCCUCCCUGCUGUCCAUCCUGGGCGGCAUCUGCCUCUGCUCCAACUGCUGCUGCCCCCCUGACGAGGACCCCGCCGCCGGCACCCGGCUCCCCUACAAGGCUUCCGCAUCCGUGAUGCCCCUGGCCCCCUCGAAUGAAGGCGACAGCAGCUUUGGCAAAUACGGCAAAAACGCCUAUGUAUAG